AUGCCUCUCCCUCAAUUACUCGUGGGCAAGGUUGCUGCCAUUACGGGCGGUCUCACGGGCAUUGGACGGGCGAUCGCCCUGGAAUAUCUCCGCCAUGGCGCCAAAGUCGCCAUCAGCCACCUGGGCGGACCCAAAGAGGACGACAUGCUGGCAGCUCUCCGCAAAGAGGUUAACGAGAUCCAAGAAGGCGCGGAUAAGACGAGAUUCAUCACCGUGACCGGGGAUAUUUCACAGCCCGAGACAGGCAAGGACUUUGUCGGGAAGACGGUCGAGGCAUUUGGCCGUCUGGAUGUAUUCGUCAGUAAUGCAGGUGUUUGCCAAUUCGCUGAUUUCUUGGAACUCGAACCCUCCCUCCUCAACCACACCGUCUCCACCAACCUUUCUGGCGCAUUCUUCGCCACACAGGCCGCCGCCCGGCAAAUGGCCCUCGCCCAGUCCCCGCCCGGAGGCUCGAUUAUCGGCAUUAGCUCAAUCUCCGCACUUGUUGGCGGCGGUGAACAGACACACUACACUCCCACCAAGGCCGGAGUUCUGAGCCUGAUGCAGUCGUGCGCAGUUGCACUAGGCAAAUACGGAAUCCGUUGCAAUUCCCUUCUCCCAGGUACGAUUCGCACGCAGUUGAAUGAUGCUGAUCUUGCCGAUCCGGAGAAGAGGAAAUAUAUGGAGGGUCGGAUUCCUCUGGGAAGAUUGGGACAGCCGCCAGACUUGGCUGGGCCGGCGGUGUUCUUGGCUUGUGAGGAGCUCAGUAGCUAUGUGACUGGUGCGCAGCUUCUGGUUGAUGGUGGACUGUUUGUCAAUCUUCAGUAA